CUGGUGUCUUAAUGCAGCGCGGGUGUCUUCGCCUGUGCGCGCCCAUUCUGCUUGUGCAGCGGGGGAAAAAAUAGUAAUCUAUGCCAGCAAUUAUGACAAUGUUAGCAGACCAUGCAGCUCGUCAGCUGCUGGAUUUUAACCAGAAACUGGAUAUCAAUCUUUUGGACAAUGUGGUGAACUGCUUGUACCAUGGAGAAGGAGCACAGCAAAGAAUGGCACAGGAAGUCUUGACUCAUUUGAAAGAGCAUCCUGAUGCAUGGACAAGGGUUGAUACUAUUUUGGAGUUCUCUCAGAACAUGAAUACCAAAUAUUAUGGACUGCAGAUCUUGGAAAACGUGAUAAAAACAAGAUGGAAGAUUCUUCCAAGGAACCAAUGCGAAGGUAUAAAAAAGUACGUGGUCGGCCUAAUUAUCAAGACCUCGUCUGACCCAACAUGUGUAGAAAAAGAGAAAGUAUAUAUUGGGAAACUGAAUAUGAUCCUUGUUCAGAUACUGAAACAAGAAUGGCCCAAGCACUGGCCAACGUUUAUAAGUGAUAUUGUGGGAGCAAGCAGGACAAGUGAAAGCCUUUGUCAGAACAACAUGGUGAUCCUUAAGCUAUUGAGUGAGGAAGUGUUUGAUUUUUCCAGCGGCCAGAUAACUCAAGUAAAAGCCAAACAUUUGAAAGACAGUAUGUGCAAUGAAUUCUCCCAGAUAUUUCAGCUGUGUCAAUUUGUGAUGGAAAACUCCCAGAAUGCUCCCUUAGUCCAUGCAACUUUGGAAACUUUGCUACGAUUUCUGAACUGGAUUCCUCUGGGAUAUAUAUUUGAGACCAAGUUAAUCAGCACAUUAAUAUACAAGUUCUUAAAUGUUCCCAUGUUCCGAAAUGUUUCUUUGAAGUGCCUCACAGAGAUUGCGGGUGUCAGUGUAAGCCAAUAUGAGGAACAGUUUGUAACACUUUUUACAUUGACCAUGAUGCAGUUAAAACAGAUGCUUCCUUUAAAUACUAAUAUUCGACUUGCAUACUCGAAUGGAAAAGAUGAUGAACAGAACUUCAUUCAGAAUCUCAGUUUGUUUCUUUGCACGUUCCUCAAGGAGCAUGGUCAGCUUAUAGAAAAGAGAUUAAAUCUGAGGGAAACAUUAAUGGAGGCUCUUCAUUAUAUGUUAUUGGUAUCAGAAGUUGAAGAAACUGAAAUAUUCAAGAUUUGUCUUGAAUAUUGGAAUCAUUUAGCUGCUGAGCUGUACAGGGAAAGUCCAUUUUCAACAUCUGCGUCUCCAUUGCUUUCGGGAAGCCAGCACUUUGAUGUUCCUCCAAGGAGACAAUUUUAUUUGCCUGUACUAUCCAAGGUCCGGUUGUUAAUGGUUAGCCGUAUGGCGAAGCCAGAAGAAGUGCUAGUUGUGGAAAACGAUCAAGGAGAAGUAGUACGAGAAUUCAUGAAGGAUACAGAUUCGAUAAACUUGUAUAAAAAUAUGAGAGAAACACUGGUUUAUCUUACACACUUGGAUUAUGCGGAUACAGAACGAAUAAUGACAGAAAAGCUUCACAAUCAAGUGAAUGGAACAGAAUGGUCAUGGAAAAAUUUGAAUACCCUGUGUUGGGCUAUAGGCUCAAUCAGUGGAGCAAUGCAUGAAGAAGAUGAAAAAAGAUUUCUUGUUACAGUAAUUAAGGAUCUCCUGGGACUCUGUGAACAAAAGCGAGGAAAAGAUAAUAAAGCCAUUAUUGCAUCAAAUAUAAUGUAUAUAGUAGGUCAGUACCCACGCUUUUUGAGAGCUCACUGGAAGUUUUUGAAGACAGUUGUCAACAAGCUGUUUGAAUUUAUGCACGAAACCCAUGACGGCGUCCAGGAUAUGGCUUGCGAUACCUUCAUAAAAAUAGCACAAAAAUGCCGCCGACAUUUUGUCCAGGUUCAAGUGGGAGAGGUCAUGCCGUUUAUCGAUGAAAUCUUAAACAAUAUUAAUACCAUCAUCUGUGAUCUUCAGCCACAACAGGUGCAUACGUUCUAUGAAGCAGUCGGAUACAUGAUUGGGGCACAGACAGACCAGACUGUACAGGAGCAUCUGAUAGAAAAAUAUAUGUUGCUCCCUAAUCAAGUAUGGGACAGCAUAAUUCAACAGGCAACAAAAAAUGUUGAUAUCUUAAAGGAUCCUGAAACAGUUAAGCAGCUGGGUAGCAUUCUGAAAACAAAUGUAAGAGCAUGUAAAGCAGUUGGCCACCCCUUUGUGAUUCAGCUUGGAAGAAUUUACUUAGAUAUGCUGAAUGUGUACAAGUGCCUAAGUGAAAAUAUUUCUGCAGCUAUCCAGGCUAAUGGUGAAAUGGUAACAAAGCAGCCACUGAUCAGAAGUAUGAGGACUGUAAAAAGGGAAACCUUGAAGCUAAUUUCUGGCUGGGUGAGCAGGUCCAAUGAUCCUCAGAUGGUAGCUGAAAACUUUGUUCCUCCCUUGUUGGAUGCAGUUCUCAUUGACUACCAGCGAAAUGUUCCAGCUGCUAGAGAACCUGAAGUACUUAGUACCAUGGCUAUCAUUGUAAACAAGCUGGGUGGACACAUUACUGCUGAAAUACCUCAGAUAUUUGAUGCUGUUUUUGAAUGCACACUAAAUAUGAUCAAUAAGGACUUUGAAGAGUAUCCAGAACACAGAACAAACUUUUUCUUACUACUCCAGGCUGUAAAUUCUCACUGCUUCCCAGCAUUCCUGGCCAUUCCACCUGCACAGUUCAAACUAGUUCUGGAUUCCAUUAUUUGGGCUUUCAAACAUACAAUGAGAAAUGUUGCAGAUACAGGGCUUCAGAUACUUUAUACUCUACUACAAAAUGUUGCGCAAGAAGAGGCUGCAGCCCAGAGUUUUUAUCAGACGUAUUUUUGUGAUAUUCUUCAGCACAUUUUCUCAGUUGUAACAGACACCUCGCACACAGCUGGUUUGACAAUGCAUGCAUCAAUCCUUGCAUACAUGUUCAACUUAGUAGAAGAGGGAAAAAUAAGUACUCCAUUAAACCCUGGGAAUCCAGUGAACAACCAAAUGUUUAUUCAGGAGUAUGUUGCAAAUCUGCUCAAAUCCGCUUUUCCUCAUCUGCAAGAUGCCCAGGUUAAGCUGUUUGUAACAGGACUCUUCAGUUUAAACCAGGAUAUUCCUGCUUUCAAAGAACACCUAAGGGAUUUCCUGGUACAAAUUAAGGAAUUUGCAGGUGAAGACACAUCAGACUUAUUCUUGGAGGAAAGAGAAACAGCCCUUCGGCAGGCUCAAGAGGAGAAACAUAAACUGCAGAUGUCUGUCCCUGGCAUCCUUAAUCCACAUGAAAUUCCCGAGGAGAUGUGCGAUUAAAAACAAAAAAUAAUAAAACAAGUUAUGCAGUUUUCUUUCUGUACAGCUACUUUGUUGUGAUAGAAGAAAACAGCACUUGGAUAUUUGUUGACCAAAAUGAUGCCAAUUUGUAAAUUAAAACGUCACCUAGUGGCCCUUUUUCUUAUGUGUUUUUUGUAUAAGAAAUUUUCUGUGAAAUAUCUUUCCAUUGUUUAAGCUUUUSUUUGGUCAUCUUUAUUUAGAUUUGCAUGAAGUUGAAAAUUAAGGCAUUUUCAAAAUAUUACUUCAUGCCCAUUUUGUGGCUAAGGGGAAAAGAGGCGAAACAUAACUUGUUAAAAGACUAUAUUGCAAAAUUAUACAAUUUCCUGUAAGAGUAUCAAUUUUUAAUUUGGGAUCAUUUUCUUUCUAGCCUGCCCUGCAGCCUAGGAGAAAAGGUAAUGAGUAAAACGAAUUAAUUGUUAAGCAGAAAAUUACAGUGCUGCAUUUUUUUGAACCGUUAGCAGCUUUCUGGACUGAGUGGUAAGGCUAGGCUACAUGUAUUUGCAAGUUGUAUGGCAAGUUUGCAGCAAGAUCAUGUGCAUAUCAUCCCAUUGUAAAGCAACUUCUAAAGAGUAUGGGAACACAGUACAGUUAGUUAUUUUUACACAGUUCUUUUGUUUUUGUGUGUGUGCUGUCGCUUUGUCGACAACAGCUUUUUGUUUUCCUCAAUGAGGAGUGUUGCUCAUUUGUGAGCCUUCAUUAACUCGAAGUGAAAUGGUUAAAAUAUUUAUCCUGUUAGAAUAGGCUGCAUCUUUUUAACAACUCAUAAAAUAAAAAAAAACUCUGGCUUUUGAGAUGACUUAUACUAAUUUACAUUGUUUACCAUGCUGUAGUGCUUAAAGAACACUACUUAAAAGCAAAAUAAACUUGGUUUACAUUUAUUUUUCUUUCUUUGGCUUAUUCUUUUAUUGGAUAAAAAUGCUGUGAUCAUAUUAAAGACUCGUAUCCUGAAAAUGCAGGAAAAGUCCCUUGAUCUAGGCAAUUGCUUGCUGCUUCUGGCUUGCCCGAUCUUCAGGACUUUUGAAUAUGCUUGAAAUAAGUUGUAACAUGAAUUAAGUUGGGUUCCAUUUGAAAGUACGGUAGCUAUUUUGACUUACCUCCAUGAAUAGAUAUUCCACAACAAAUUAUUAUGAAAUGCCAGGAAUAAGGUACUGUUGCUCUAUAUAUGGACACUUUGAAAUUAAUUACAAAGAGGUAUUGCACUGUAUCUUGACUAAACAAGUGAUACUAAUGCAUAUAAAUAAAUAGGUAGGCAAGAUCUACAGUUAUUUUUCUACCUAAAGUUUUGUAUUUAAAUGAUUUCCAGAGACUUAUGAAGUACUGAUACCAAAAGCAAACCAUAUGAACACUAAGAUUGUGUACAGUCUUGGCUUCCCCAUUUUUGUAAUGUUUCUCCUCUGUCUUCUAGCAGCUAUUUUUCUUUUUCACAGUUUCCAUUUAUUUGGUGUCUAAUCCUAGGACUGUUACUAUGAUGCAAAGCAUAGCCAUUCAUGCAGAGCUGUAAAAUAAGGUUAGACAGUUGGUGGUGUUUUAUGUAAGUUUGGAUACUGUAGUUGCCUUUGUGCUGUACAUUAAUUUUGAGAUAGAAGUGCAUGAGUUAGCGGUGUUCACGUAGAACCUAGCUGUGACCAGGGUGUUUCCACAGUCGCCAGCACUUGCCCCAUUCUGUUUCUGAACAUGUGUUUGCUUCCUUUAGUUGGCUCUAAAAAUAAGCAAACAAAAAGCCAAGCCAUCCCUGCCUGAAGAUGAUCRGGCAACACAAACAGUGCGAGUUGGCAGCACUGGCCUUUGGAAGGGACAGGUUCUCCUCAAGGCCCUUAAACGACUGGACUUACAAUACAGCCUACCAAAAUUCUUUUGAUAGUUGCAAAAGCCAUUUCUUUCCCUUUAAGAGAAUACAUUUUGAGUUUUCCAUGUCUUUCUGUCCUGUUGAAGUGGAGCUUUGUUACAUUCUGCUAAUGCAGUAUCACCUGUCAUAAGC